CACUUUCUAUUUAAAAUGUCUUAUGGAAGUACAAACUACCCAGUUCCUCCUCCAGCUUAUGAUGAGGAAAAUCAACCUUUUCUCGGUGGAAAUAAUGCUGGCGAUGAUAUGUUUAAAGAAACAGUAGCUAAUAGUUCAAAACAAGUUCGUUUACAGUUUGUUAGAAAGGUCUACUCCAUUUUAGCUGUUCAACUCUUGGCUACAAGUGCCUUGUCUGCUACCUAUAUGUUUAAUCAGACUGCUAAACAUUGGGUACAAACAAAUGUCUGGAUGCUCUAUGUUUCCAUGUUUGGUACAAUUGGUGUAUUGUUUGCUUUAUUCUGGAAAGCAAGAUCAUUCCCUUUGAAUUAUACCUUCUUGGGUUUAUUUACAUUACUUGAAGCACACUUGGUAGGCGCCAUUGUCACUUUUUAUGAUCAACAAAUUGUCUUGAAAGCGUUGCUUAUUACAUUGGGUGUCUUUGUGGGUCUGACACUCUUUACACUUCAGUCAAAAUGGGAUUUUAGUGGAUUAGCACCUUUCUUGAUGGGUGGUAUUUGGGUCUUGAUUAUUGCAGGUCUUAUUCAAAUGUUCUUUCCAUUUUCUAAGGAAAUUGAACUUGCACUUGCUGUGGGUGGUGUCGUGAUAUUCAGUGGCUACAUCUUGUUUGACACAUAUCUCAUCUUUAACAAAUACUCACCUGAAGACUAUAUCCUUGCCUCUGUCAGUCUCUAUUUGGAUGUGAUUAAUCUUUUCCUUCGUAUUUUGGAAAUUCUUGAUUUAACAAGCAGAAGUGAUUAAAUAGUAAUAAUUAUAUAUAUGUAUAUAUAUAUUUUAGAAUGAUGUUUAUUUUUUAAUUUAAAGACGAGCACCUGUAGGGAAUUUCUUCAUGGCUUGUCUGACACCCAAAUCAGCCAUGAUUUCUUCAGAACC